UCAAUUGUAUUGUUCACAAUUGUUUUUAGAAAAAUAGGAUUUUAUGACAGAAUUUGAUGUCUAUUUGUUCAACAUUUUGUCUCAAACAUUUAAAAUAAACACGUUUCAAACAAAGUUGUCCAGAGGCACAAAAACGGCCGCACAUGAUUUCUCUAAGGUGUGUGAAUCACCCACUCCAGGGUAGUUUUCGUUGACGAAAUUGCGGGGAUGAUCACGGGGUCCCUAUAAGUAGACUGUGGAAACGAGGACACAAGUAGUGCGCGCUGCCAACGAGGAGGACCAGUCGCUUAAGUUACGCAGGACCAAAGACUCAGUGCUCGAUAUGGAGAUGCCUGCUAAACUCAUGUUCCCCAUCGUGGUGAUAUCCGUGCUGGUUGCUUGCAGUCCUACGGAGGCAUGGUAUAAGCAGGUGGCCGGUCCAAGCUACUAUUCCGUGGGCAGGGCGUCCGGCUUGCUGUCCGGUAUCCGGAGGUCACCGUACGUCAGGAGAGCCGAGCCAGACACGUCCAACAGCGUAUUCUCUGAAAUAACUCCUCAGAGUUUCAUCCUGAAGACAAUGCCUGUUUGCAUCAAAGACAUCACACCAAACCUGCAGAGCUGUGAACUCUUCCAGGAAAUCAAGGGUUCAUUUAAGUGCAAAGCAAACGUCUUCCUCUCUGUGGACCCCUCAGACUGUGCAGGAGACUGAGCAGCAAAGCCGACAGCUGGGCUGGAUGAUGAAGCCUACUUACUUCCUGGAGGCUUGGCAUUUAAAAACUGUACAUUUAUCACAGGUGUUGCACUAGACCGAAGUUAUGUUACCUUUCAUUUAACAUUUCGCCAGAUUAUUUAUUGAUUUUCUGAGAAACUUGUCUUUUAUGCAGUACAAGAAAUGUAUUAAUGUACAUAUUUGAGUUUUCAUUAAUAAAUGAAUCAUAUUGCAA